AUGCAAACAAGUAAUUUGAAAGUCAAUCUUUCGACGGUCUCGGAUAUCAUUGCUGCGCUGCAGACCAUCCUAUGUUCACGAGUAAUCCCUGAGGUAUUCGACCUCGAAACUCCGUACUCCCGAACCACAUUCCCCAAUCCCAAUCACUGCGCAAUUGAGCUCAAAGACCAAAGCAUCAGUGCAAUUAUCACCAAACGCCAACACCAGUUGGACAAAGUUUUGCACGAUAUCUCUGGUUUGCAAACAGUCAUGGAUGGUAUCCACACACUUCAGCAGCCACUCAUCAAGCAGAAGAACAACAACAUCAAAUCCAUUAAUUUGCACAAGAGGCUCGUAUCGCCCCUCUGGCGCUUGCCAACAGAAAUCCUGUCCCAAAUCUUUUGCCACUGUCUUCCGCAAUUUCCGGGACUCAAUGAAUUACAGCCCCCAUCAAAGCUAACUGCACCUAUGCUGUUGACCAGAAUAUGUCGAUGGUGGAGGGAGGUUGCUAUGGGCAUGCCUACCUUGUGGUAUACACUGUCUAUGAAAGUUCACGACAGAGAUUGGCAGCAAGCAGCCUUCUUCUAUGCCUCUUGGCUCAAGCGAGCACGAGGAUGUCCACUCUCGUUAAGACUCCAGUUCCACGCAGAAAAUGACUCAACCAACACAGGUGAAUUUAGCAUGUUCAGAGACCUCCUAGCACUUGAGGAGAUGUCCGUAUUCAUUUACGAGAAUAUCUCUCGUGGUGAUAUGCCAGCUGAUAUUUCAUACUCUAUCUUGCAACUGCCGUUCACUCUGUGCAGUUUCGAUGCAUCAGGGUGGUUACUCAACUUCAACGACAUGUCCUCUUGCAAUCCCAUAUGGGCCCAUCUGACAACACUCAGGAUCAGGGUAUCAGAAGCAAAAGCUGUUCUCCACUUGCUCCUGCUAGCUCCCAACCUAUCCUCGUUAACGAUUCACAUAGAAUCCGAGGAUGUCCAAGCAUUAAGGCCAUUCACACACACAAACCUUCAAACCUUGGAUAUCAGUUGUGAAUGUUUUCUUGACCCGGGGUCCCAAUUCUACCACCUGUUUAAUGCUCUCUCACUCCCCACUCUACGCAUACUUGCUGCUCAUGAUGUACUAGAAUGGCCUCAUGAGGAGUUCAAGGCAUUCCUGUCACGGUCAGAGUGUCCGCUGGAGAGUCUGAUCAUCAGCGGAGAGGUGACAGAUGAGCAGCGCGCAAAAUAUGUUGCCCUUGUUCCUUCGCUCCAAUUUGUAUUGCAUUGA